GAGACCUUUGAGGCCUUGAGGGGCAUUAAUGCAAUUCAAAAUCGAAAACAAAGUAAAAUGGAAUUUUUGAUGGCACUUUCGUGGUUUCAGUUCUGAUAGUCUUGUCUUUAGGGUUUCUGUUCUUUGGCUGUUUCUCUGUUAUCUAACAAAAAUAUCUUCCCUUUUUCUUUCGAUCUCUACAAAUUAAACUAAAAUAUUGAAAUUCAAGGUCUAGCACAUAACUAAUUAAGAAAAAUGCAAGGAGGAGAAGAAGUAAGCAUUGAGGAGCUCGCUUCCAAUCUUUCCACAUACAAAGAACAGCUUCACAAGGUUAGACAGAUCUUGGCUGACGAUCCUGAUAAUUCAGAAUAUGUGGACAUGGAGAAGGAGCUUAAUGAGGUCAUUGCUUUGACGGAGGAACUUCUUGCAACUGCAAAGCAAAAUGAGAUUUCUGGAUCAGAUAUUGGGACAGGAAUUAGUGCAUCCCCUAAUCUGCCCCAAUCUCAGGAUCUAACGAACAUUGCAAAUCAAUAUGAGAAGUUUCCUGUUGGUACUAAAGUUCAAGCUGUGUGGAGUGAGGAUGGAGAAUGGUACGAUGCAACGGUCGAGUCUCAUACUCUAAAUGGAUAUUAUGUUACUUAUGAUGGAUGGGGGAAUAGGGAAGAGGUGGAUCCUGCCAAUGUAAGACCAGUUGAAUUCAAUGCUUUACUGGAAGCUGAAAAAGUUGCUGAAGCUACAAAACAAGCUAUCAAACGGAAGAUUGCUGAAGCUGCUCAUACUGACUACCAAUCACGAAGUUUGCCAGCAAAGCUUCGAAUAAACACUGAUGAUCCAGAGGAUGUGAAAUCUGCCAAACGUAAGAAGAUACAUGCGUUCAAAUCAAAGAUGCGUUUUGAGCAACUUGAAGUUGCACAGAAUAAGCGGCAGAAUGCAUGGCAGCAGUUCCAGACAUCUAAAGGCAGUACUAAAAAGGUGGGUUUCUUCUCUGGACGAAAGCGAGAGAGCAUUUUCAAGUCUCCUGAUGACCCCAAUGGCAAGGUUGGUGUCACUGGAAGCGGCAAGGGCUUGACGGAGUUCCAGAAAAGGGAAAAGCACUUACAUCUCAAAGGUGGAACUAUUGAGGCUGAUGAUUAGAUUACUUGUUGCUAUGUUAUUUCGUCAUCAUAUGUAAUUUACUCCAUGAAUUACAACUUUUGUCAACUGAUGCACUAGUAUGGACACCAAUCGAAGUGUUGUAGUAAUCAGAUGCAAGUCUGUUGGCAUAUAGUACAUGCCUAUAUAAGGAUUUUUCUUUAAGAAUGUGCCAUUGGCAGAUCUCUGGGUAUUACAAUUGUUUAAUUCCAGCUAAAUUAGUUUUCUUUC